UAAUGUCUAGAAUAAUUGUAAUUAAACACAUAAUGAAGACAACUCAAUCCACAUGAUGAGUUUAUUUGUGGAUUUGAGGCAAAUAAAAACAUCAGUAACGAACCUGUCGGAAAUGGUUGACAAGUUAUCCUCUUCAGUUAAAAAGGAUUCGAUACAAGAAGAUAUUUCUAAGACACCAGAGCCAAUGGCCUGCGGAAACCCAAUGUCUUCAAUAUUUAAACCGACGAGCUUGGGGUUCGGAGUUAGAUUUUCUAGUCAAGAGGACAUAUAUAAGGACAUGCCAUCUUCUAGAUUACGAAGUCAUAUGUCACUUCCUAACUUAGGAAAACCUGAUGGUGUCUUUGACAGACCAUCUACGUUGCGAUUUGGGGACCGGCCUAAGAUAGUUGAGAUCGACGACGAACGGGGAAGCAAGCCAACGAUACAGAUCUCCUCGGAAGAUCUCAGCGACUGGAUUGUCGCCUCGAUAAACAGACGUCCACACUUUGAUGAUAAUGGUGAUACGCAUCCGAUGGACUUUUUAGAAAAUGUUAAAUAUUUUAUCGACGAACUGAAAAUGGUCCCAGAAAAACAGUUGCCAUUUAUCAUAUCUUGCCUCGAUGGAAUACCUCUGAUGUGGGCUCGAUGUUUUAGAAGUGAAUUUAAAGACGUCGAUAGUUUUUACAGUACAUUCGAACAGGAAUUCUGGGGUCCAGAUAGACAGAAGUCGGUGCUGUACGACAUGAAAUUGGGAAAAUAUGACGAGUCAAAUUCACGCAUGAGUAUGUCAGAGUAUUUUUUACACAAAGUGUCAAAUUAUCGUCACCUGAACCCUCCUCCGUCGGACUUGGAGAUAGUGUACUCAUUGGCGGCACACUUUCCGUCGGCGGUGGAGCUGGAACUGCGGCUCGCCCCGAAACCGACGCUGCGAGACGCUUACCGAGCUCUCCGCCGCAGGGAGGGUGAAUCUGUGGACUUCCUGCCGAAUUACCUGUACGAAAUGUGCGAGGCGUUCCAGCGCGGCUCCCGACCGGAAUCAGCCAGGCGGCCAGACUCUUCACGCUCUACGUCUAAAGCAGAGGCAUAUAAGGUUCAUAAAUGA